AUGAAGCAUAAAGGUGAACUCAGAGUUGUGGUUGUCGAGGCAAAAAACUUGAAGGACACAGAUUUGAUUGGUAAAAGUGACCCAUACGUCGAACUUUGGAUUGAAAAAGGUUACAAACAAAAGACUACCGUCAAAAACAAUACUGUAGAGCCACAAUGGAAUGAAGACUUCAAAUUUAAUAUUCAUGGCGAGCAUACUCUUCAUAUCAAAGUUCUCGAUAAAGAUACUAUCUCUGAAGAUGACAAGAUCGGAGAAGCUAAAAUCGAUCUAAAAGAUGUCUUCAAUACACGUUACGUAGAUCAAUGGUACAAAUUACCAGCACUACUCGGCUUAAGCAGCCAUGGACAAGUUCACUUGGUCCUUGAAUUCACUCCGCAAUAA